CAGAGCAAUGUUUUCAUGCCUGCGUUCGUAACUCUGUCAUGGCGCCCGGAAUGUUGCUCACUAAGGAGGGGACUUCGUACCAUCGUGUUUGAAUUCGCUUUAAUGAGAAGUGUCCUGUGCGUUUUCAUACUCCCGGUUUGAACUGAGUCAAAUUAAUCUGUGAACCCGCCAUGACCGUGGAGCAGAAUGUCCUCCAGCAGCAUUCUCAGAAGCACCAGCAGACGCUACUAAACCAGCUGAGGGAGGUCACAGGCACCACAGAUGUUCAGCUGCUUCAGCAGGCCCUGCAGGUGAGCAAUGGAGACCUGGCUGAGGCUGUGGCCUUUCUGACAGAGAAGAACGCCAAGGUUCCUCAGCAAGAUGAGACAACCUACUACCAGACAUCCCAGGUGGCCAGUGACAGAUAUAUCAGCGUGGGCAGCCAAGCAGACACAAAUGUGAUUGACCUGACUGGGGAUGAUAAAGAUGAUCUGCAGAGGGCUAUCGCCCUCAGCCUGGAGGAGUCCAACCGAACGUUUAGGGAGACAGGCAUCACCGAUGAGGAGCAGGCCAUCAGCAGAGUUUUGGAGGCCAGCAUAGCAGAGAACAAAGCAAGUCUGAAGCGGACCCACACAGAAGUAUGGAACGAUUCACCCAACCCGCAUGACAGAAAGAGGAUAGACACCUGCCCUGUUGGGCUGAAAAAUGUUGGCAAUACCUGCUGGUUCAGUGCUGUCAUACAGUCUCUGUUCAACCUGUUGGAGUUCCAAAGGCUGGUGCUCAACUACUCACCGCCAGCCAGAGUCCACAACCUGCCUCGCAACCGAAAGGAACACAGGAACCUGCCCUUUAUGCAGGAGCUGAGGAACCUCUUCUCCCUCAUGGUAGGAUCCAAGAGGAAAUAUGUUGAUCCAUCAAGAGCUGUGGAAAUCCUGAAAGACGCCUUCAAGUCCAGUGAGUCUCAGCAGCAGGAUGUGAGCGAGUUCACCCACAAGCUGUUGGACUGGCUGGAGGAUGCCUUCCAGAUGAAGGCUGAAGAAGACAGGGAGGGUGAGAAGCCAAAGAACCCCAUGGUGGAGCUUUUCUAUGGUCGUUUCCUCGCUGUGGGCGUCCUGGAAGGUAAAAAAUUUGAAAACACAGAGAUGUUUGGGCAGUACCCGCUGCAGGUGAAUGGCUUUAAGGAUCUCCACGAAUGUCUCGAGGCAGCAAUGAUUGAGGGCGAGAUCGAGUCCCUGCACUCGGCAGAGAACUCUGCCAGGUCUGGACAAGAGCACUGGUUUACAGAACUGCCUCCCGUGUUGACCUUUGAACUGUCAAGAUUUGAGUUUAACCAAGCACUGGGGCGACCUGAGAAGAUCCACAACAAGCUUGAGUUCCCCUCUAUCCUCUACAUGGACAGGUACAUGGACAGGAACAGGGAAAUUACCAGGAUCAAGAGGGAGGAGAUCAAGAGACUGAAAGAGCAUCUGACACUGCUUCAGCAGCGACUGGAGAGGUAUCUGAAUUAUGGCUCAGGCCCCAAGAGGUUUCCUCUGGCAGAUGUCCUCCAGUAUGCCAUGGAGUUUGCCUCCAGUAAGCCAGUGUGCACCUCCCCAGUGGAAGACUUUGACUCAUCAGCACCACCAGGUGGCACAACAGGACAACUGCCCCCACUAAGGCAAGUCAUAGCUGAACAGGACUCUCUGCCUCCGCCAGAGAGCUCAUGCCCUGCCUUAGGUCCCACCACAGCUCCCACUGCAGCCCAGCAGCAGCAGAGAGUACCCGUUCAUAAGCCCUUUACCCAGUCCCGGCUACCUCCUGACCUCCCCAUGCACCCUGCCCCGCGCCACAUCACUGAAGAGGAGUUGAGGGUGCUGGAGGGCUGCUUGCAUCGCUGGAGGAGUGAAGUGGAAAAUGACACCCGUGAUCUGCAGGGCAGUAUAACCAGAAUCCACAGAACCAUAGAGCUAAUGUACUCUGACAAAUCUAUGAUGCAGGUUCCAUAUCGGCUUCAUGCAGUGCUUGUUCAUGAAGGCCAGGCCAAUGCAGGUCACUACUGGGCUUACAUCUAUGACCCACAUCAGCGUUGCUGGAUGAAGUACAAUGACAUCUCUGUCACCAAGUCGACCUGGGAAGAACUGGUCAGGGACUCGUUUGGAGGCUACCGCAACGCCAGUGCCUACUGUCUCAUGUAUAUCAACGACAAGAAGCCCUUUCUCAUAGAAGAAGAGUUUGAUAAAGAAACGGGACAGAUACUCAGCGGCAUGGACAAACUGCCUCCAGAUCUGAAGCAGUAUGUAAAGGAGGACAACGAGCUGUUUGACAAGGAGCUUGAGGAAUGGGACACCCUGCAGGCCUGCAAGGCCCAGCAGGAGAAGCUGGCCCUGGCCACAGCAGCAACAGCAGCAUCCAGUACCUCCACUUCUUCCUCUUCCCCUCAGCCCAUGAGUAUUGAGUCCAGCCCUCCAGACAACACAGGACCCCAGCAGGACCCAGAGUACAUGGAGCAGCCGUCACCCACAAAUGACUCCAAGCACCUGCAGGAGGACACACAAAGGGCCAUCUCGAGGGCUGCUGCUGAACAAGAGGAGAGAACCCCCGAAGCAUUGUUAAAUGCUUCUCUUCCCCCUCCCUCCUCCCCUCAGCCUGCUGUCUCCACCCCCCCUCCUGAUCUGGUCAAGGAGGAUGAAUCUGCAGACCAGCGCACGGUAGAGGUGGCCAUUCCUAAUGUGGGGACCUUUGUCAUUGAGUCAGAGGAGGGGGGGUAUGAUGACGAGGCAAUGAUGACCCCCAACAUGCAGGGUAUAAUUAUGGCUAUUGGCAAAUCCAGCAGCGUGUAUGAAAAGAAUGGGCCUGAGGCAGCCUUUUUUAAGGCCAUAAAGCUGGAGUAUGCUCGACUUCUAAGAUUUGCCCAAGAGGACACACCUCCUGAGAAUGACUACCGACUACAGCAUAUCAUCGUCUACUUCAUCCAAAACCAUGCACCCAAGAAGAUCCUGGAGAGGACUCUGCUCACACAGUUUGCUGACAGAAACCUGGCUUUUGAUGAGAGAUGUAGGAGUAUUAUGAAUGUGGCACGUGCCAAACUGGACCUUAUUAAGCCUGAGGAGGUCAACAUGGAUGAAUAUGAGAUGUGGCAUCAGGCCUAUAGGAAUUUCCGCGAGACAACGAUCUUCAUGAUGUCUGGAUUGGAACUCUUUCAGAAGACAAAUUAUAUGGAGGCUCUGAUGUAUCUGAUUUACUCAUACCAGUACAACAAAGAGCUAUUGUCCAAAGGGCUGUACAGAGGGCAUGAUGAGCAGCUUCUUGGUCAUUACCGUCGAGAGUGUUUACUGAAAUUAAACGAGCAAGCGGCUGCCAUGUUUGAGUCAGGAGAAGAACCGGAGGUGACCACGGGUCUCGGCAUCAUGAAUGAGCUGGUGGUACCUUGCAUCCCUCUGCUGCUGAGCCAUGACACUGAGAGCGACUUGCUGGCAGUAGAGGACAUGAGGAACCGCUGGUGCUCCUACUUGGGUCAAGAGAUGGACUCCAACCUCCAGGAAAAGCUGACCGACUUCCUCCCCAAGUUACUGGACUGCUCGACAGAGAUCAAAAGCUUCCAUGACCCUCCCAAGCUGCCCACCUACUCCACCCUGGAGCUGAGUGAACGCUUCAGCCGCAUCAUGGCCGCCCUCGGCAGGGUGCCCACUGAGGGGAGAUGAGCGUGGAGGGACGGCCAGGCACCUGUCCCUUAUCACAGGCCCCACCCCGGGCACUAAACCAUGGACCUCUCUAACCCAUGCCUUCCUUCUAAAUCCAGGGGUCUCUUGCAUCUAGCUGUUAUUCCUCCGUACUCUUUUGCUGCUAUAGGUUUUAUCAUUCUAAAUAUUAUUUCACUUUUAUUUUAAGCAAAACACGACAGAGGAAGGAAGACGGACUGUUGGGAGGGAGUGAAGAAAUGAGAUUGGAGAAGUUGGUGGAGAGACAGUGGCAAUCCUGCCGUGGUUGAAAUCCAAGUACAUUCUCUUUCAGCUUUGCAAAAACAAAAUCAUGUUUGAGGGUUUUUCAUAGUUUAUUAUUAUUGUUGCUUUUUGAUUCAAGCUUCCCCAAUCGCUCUCAUAGCCCUGUCUAAAGCACCUUUCUCUGCUCUGCCUCCAGUUUGCUACAGUAUUACCACCUCUUGUUUUAUUUUUCUAAGGAAGUAAGGAAGAGAGCCUUCAGAUUUAUCAGCGGCUCGGAGGAUCUCUAAGGGUCUCAUGUCUCUGUCGACUGCGCCAGAACGAGAUGUUUUAAGUGCUGUGGUAGACAGCCAUGGCCUUCCUGUGGCUUGUUAAUAAAUUGAGAGAAUAAAAUUUUAUUUAUGGCUCUUUUAGGCCAAAUAAACAAA